AUGGACAAAAAAAGCGGACAUUAUAUAUACUCAAAUAAAAGCUACGAUGUCUCCAGGGAAUGGUUUAGCCUGACACUGCUGAUGGUGUUCGCGUCAUGUUCAGCUGAUCUGUUCUCCAAAGCGACAAGGACAAAAGCUGAUGAAAGGGAUCUGAGGAACAGCGUGUUCGAUUUCAUCAUAGUGGGCGGUGGCACGGCUGGUUGUAUAAUCGCUAACAGGCUCUCUGCUGUGCACGAUUGGAAGGUUUUAGUUCUCGAAGCUGGUGAUGAAGAAAAUAUUGAUUACCAAAUCCCAGGAGUUCCGACUAAAGAUUACCGGCCUAUAUUGUGGAAUUAUAGAACUGAGAAGAACGGCUUUUCCUGCCUCUCUAGACCUGGUGGUAGCUGCGAAGUCAGGACUGGCAAGGUGCUUGGAGGCUCCAGCGUUACUAACGAUAUGAAGUACACCAGGGGUCAUAAGAUUGAUUAUGAUGGUUGGCACAAUUCAGGGGCAAUGGAGUCAUUAGAAUGGAAGUUUAGCAAUUUGAUUGAUAUGUUCAAAGCUUCUGAAGACAAUGGUGACUAUGACACUUUGAUCAACUCCUUCUUCCAUACAAGAGGAGGUGAGAUGCGCGUGCAAAGAUUUAAACAUGUUGACCGUUACAUGGAAGUGUUCGAGGCUGCAUUUUCAGAAAUGGGACUACGCACUCAUGAUUUAAAUACUAAUAUCGCGGAAGCUGUUGUCAACCAUCAAUUCACCAUAUCAAAUAAUACAAGAGUGAGUACAAACAGUGCUUUCUUGAAACCAGUUAAACACAGAAAGAAUUUGACAGUAUUAACUGGUGUGACCGUAACUAAAAUAAUGAUCAAUACACAAGAAAAGUCUGUAGACGGAGUUAUGUAUGAAAUCGAAAAAGGAAAAGAAAGACCCGCUUAUGCCAAGAGAGAAACGAUUCUAACCGGUGGUGCUAUUAAUAACGUGAAACUAUUACACUUGUCUGGCAUUGGACCAAAAUUAGAUUUGAAAAAACAUAACAUUACUACAAUAGUUGAUUUGCCUGUUGGACUAAAUUAUCAAGAUCAGGUGACCACCGGUGGCUUAUCGUUUGCUAUCGCUGAUGCCGCUUCUGUCAGUGAAAAUCAAAUAAUUAAUGAUUUUAAAACGUGGUUUCAAAAUCGGAGUGGUCCAUUAGCAUCUAAAGGUAUCGGUCAAAUAUCAGCUUUUAUACAAUUAUAUGAAAAUUUUAACGCACCAGAUAUCGAACUGUCUUUAGAAGGAAAUUUUAUAAGGAGUGACAAAUUUAUGUUAACAAAUAUAAGCGUUAAUGUCGCUGAAGAAACGACUAUGCCAUUAUCAUAUUACAACUUAGUUAAUUUGUAUCCUAUACUGUUAAGACCUAAAAGCAAAGGAAAAGUCACCUUAAACAAAAGGAAUCCAAAGCUUGGCAGACCCGUCAUACAGGCAAAUUUUCUUAAAGAAUCUGAAGAUUUGGAUACUUUAGUUGAUAGUAUAGAUAUAGCAUUACAGUUAUUAGAUACGAAGGAAAUGAAAAGGGCAGAAAUAAAACUAGCUUCUAUAGAUCUAUUUCCAUGUGAUAGAUUAAGAAACAGAGAUCAGUGGAAUUGUAUAGCGAGACACUACACUAAAGCUAUGAGUAACCCGAUUGGAACUUGUCGAAUGGGAGGAAAUAGCACAGAUUCUGUGGUGGAUUUUAAAUUAAGAGUUCAUGGUAUUGACGGUCUAAGAAUAGCAGAUGCCUCAGUGAUGCCAAGUCAUGUUAGAGGAAAUAUAUACGCACCGACAAUGAUGAUUGCAGAAAAGGCAUCUCGAAUGAUUCUAAAAGACUGGAAGGAGAACAUUGGCUCAUAUAACAAUAGGUGA